GUCUCAGAAACGCGAGGUGUCGUACUUGGCUACCGGCACUACUUUGCUUUCGCACAUCAUCUCCAGACGCGUCUCUACCUCUGCGACACACCCAUCCCUCUACAAUCACUCGCGAGAAGAUAUCAUUCGCAUAUUCCUUGGUCUAAAAGACGCGUCUAUACCAACCUUAACGCCUUUCAGCAAUGUCUACUUCUUAUAGCUCGCGACAUAGUCGAGCGUUUAGCCCACCGCUGUCCACCAACGGUGCUAGCACAAUAAACCCUCAAAUACAACGACUGCAUAUUGUAACACGUCUAGCCAUCGAAGGGAAGGCGAGGAAGGAUGAGAGCAAUGUGUCGAUAAAGAUGUAUCUUCGGUUGACUGUACCUGCGGAUAGUGUUACACCAGGAAGUGCUAUUCCUCUGUUCAACGAGGAAAACGUGAAGAUACUCGAUUCCGAAGUCCACCCUCUGGACACCAACUCCGUCCCAUACCUCUUCUCAUCAUCGACAUCACCCCUUCUCCACAAUGCCGCUCGUGUUCUGAACCUUCCUGCACGCUCACAACAGUCCUAUCUCACUCUAUUUGGCCAAAGACCUGCCAGUUCAUCUCGCUUCAGCUCUUCAUCCUCUCCGAAAGAUGCGGACAUACCACGUUUGGAAGAGAAAUACACCGGCCACAUCCUCGUAAGCGGGUACCAAGUGUCUUUUGUCCUCCCUAAAGAGUUUCCUCCACGAUCACGGAUGAACGCAGACGACGCAGAGCUGCGUUCCCGGCCAAACCUGAAUGCACUUGUCACACCGAGGCAUCGCAGGGGGUCCAUAAGCGACAAGAACGUGAUACAUUUCAUGGCGGGCAUCAGUAUGAUUGUGCCAUACGUCUCUACGCCUCCAAGGGCGCCCUAUCUCUUGUCUAUCCCUACACCCUCCUGUCUCUCCAACCAACUCAAACUCCGUAUCUUCCCACCGAACAGCCUCCCCUCAACAUCCUCAUCUUUCCAAUCCCUCUCCUCCGCCUCCGAUGUCACAGACCCUGACUCCUCUCCCUCCUGGGACAUGACUGCCGACCCAUACGUCACGCGUACCGUCGGUUCCCGUCGUUCUACCAACUAUCAGUACCAAACCUUCGCUGAUGACGAGAGCAGCGAUAGUGCGAGUGCACCCGGAUUCUCGGAUGGCGUAGGUAUCCAGGGUACAUUUCCGAGCACGGAAAGGAUACGUGUGAGAUGGGCUAUGCCUGUGAGGGGCGUGGACGAUGGGGCACAGGCGCAGGGUGGGAGACGGAGGGUGGGCGUGAAGAGCGCUAAGGGUGAGAUGACGUGUGCUGUGCUCGGGAGAGGACGAGAGCAGGAUGGAGAGGAGAGGGAAGGAGUGCUGAUGCAGUUGGACUAUAAGGGGUCUUGCAAGGGCGUCUGGUUCCCGGGUGUGGCGACAUUGUUGGGUAUGGACGUGGCACUGGAAGCGAAGAAUUGCGAGGUUGCGUGGGCGAGAGGAUAUCCUCAGAAAUGGACGGUUACGGGAGGGACGGGAUUUACUGGACAUGAAGUCCUUGGAGGCUCGCGUUCACCGUCUGGGAAAGAUCGCCAGGCGUCCUUGGAUACGGCCCAGGCCAAUGCAUCUUCCGAGGCCAAUCCCGCUGGUGGAAGACCGCUAUCGAUCGCUAGCACCAACUCGACUUCGUCUCAGCCUUCGCUGCUGCGUGGUCCCUUGCCUACAGACACUAAUAUACCCGACUAUUCCUUCGAAGGUGGACAAAACACGCCCUCCGAAUCCGGCAUGUCCUCCAUGCUAUCUCGAAGUCGAGGUUCAUCGCUUGCGGCCGAUGUGGCGGAGGACGAAGAAGAAGAUAUUCCUGCACCACCGGGGGCACCAGUGACACUCCACCUAAACAUGAACGACCUCCUCCCACCGAACAAGAACGUAUUCACAUUCAACAUGUCCGGCGUCGUGCUCGUCGUCCCACGGUCCUCAAGCCCUCACAGCCGCGAUAACUCGAACCUCGGGUCUUCCGAGUCGUCAAAUGACGAUCGCACACACUCACGCUCGCACCCCAAUACACCUUCACGUUCUCAGUCUCACUCCCAAUCCACCGUACCUAAAGAAGAACUAGCCGUCUCACUCCCCCGCUUCCGUGUCCUCGCCUCCGACAGUGAACACAUCGAAACAACAGUCAAGAACGGACUGGACAUUGGCAUUCCGGACGACGUCGACGUCUAUGCCUCUGCGGACCCUAAAGCCAAGAAAUCCGAACUCUCGAAAGGAGGGAGGACAAAGAUCAGCGCGGAGGGCGGGAGGGUCGUGUUGAAGGCCCCACCGCCACCAAGCGCGUUUGCGGUGGGUCCGCCUUGGUCGCAGUUCCAGCAACAGCAAGGGCAAGGGCAGCAGGCUGGGGCUGGAGAUAGUACGAUGACGUUUGAUGAGUAUGGGAUACCGAUACCCACUGGGGUGAGCUCGGUCCAUGCGACGCCACGUAUGGGGGUGCGAUCGGAGCCAGAAGGUUAUAACGUCGAGGGUUCGAGCACGUACCAGACGCCGAAUCGGCCUCAGAGCCGGAAUCGAGCACGAGCGGAUUCGGACGCGAGGAUGAGUGUGGCGAUGACGGGGGGUUCGAUGAUGACAGAUACGUGGGGACCGAGUUCGGGGUUGACGUCUAUGAUGUCGACGAGACCGAGGAGGGACGGACCGUUGAUGCUCCCGACGGUCAAGGUCACUGUCACACCGUCUAUUGGUUUUUCGAAUGGGAGCGAAGGGUCGUAUGCUGUAAGGUUUGAGUGUCCGGCGCCGGCGGACGAGGAGAACGAGUGGUUGGAGUUUUAUCUCGCGCAGAGUGCUCCUAAUAUCCCGGCGAGGGCUAAAGGGAAGGAGAAGGAGCGUGACGACGGUGAUCAGAGCUGGGCACCUCCUGCUGUCAAGGUCGUUACCGCCAGCGUUGACGGUGUACCGGUGAAGGUCGACAUGUCGGCUCCGACGAAAUUGGAGGAUAGUUUGAAGUCGGUGAUGCUCCCAGUGGUGUCUGACAGUGGCGGAACACAGUGGGUUACACGCGUGAUGGUAAGAGUGGGAGAUGUAAGUGGUGGAAAGGUAGAGGUGAUUUAUGUCGUGGAUGGGGAGGAUGCCAGCGGAACGGAGCAGGGGGAGGGGAAGCAGAGAGUUGUGGGUGUUGCAUUACCGAUGUUCAUCUUGCCGGUCGGGUGGCUGCAGGUCGAGGUGGAGUCUGUCCCAGGGUUCGGCAUUCAAUCUUCGUUUACCUCGCGACACGAGCAACGGGCUUCGCAAUCAAGACCACACCGAUUCACAAAACACUCACUUCCCGAGUACUCUCACAUACCCUUUUACCUGCACCUGACGCCCUCCGAUCAGCCUAUCAUGCCCUUCUCAUUCGGCUCCUCGUCUUUCCACAAAUUCUUCCGAUACCUCACAUACACCGUAGUCCUGUUGCUCAUACUCAGCAUGAACAACGACCUACGACAUCUUCGAAGAGUCGUCGAGUCAUAUUCUGGGCCAGGGCAAAGACAAGGGGGAACGGAAUGGGACGCAGCGGCUCCGACUGUUACUGUCACCGCUACGAUGAUCUCCAGGGGAGAAGGGUACUGGUGGAAUGCGCAACCAUCAUCGUCCGCAGCUUCUACUUCUCCCGCUACAUCCUCUGCCCCCACACUCCCACUCGACCAACCUUCCACACCUGAACCCACAGAACCCGGCAUCCACGUGAUCGACGUCACGAAACCGUCACCCAAAACCAAACCCAAAGCGAAGCCUCACAAAACUAAGCCUCAAUCUCGCUCUUCAUCGAAUACCGACGCGCAUGGCCAAACGACUGCUCUCCUUGACCCGCGAAAUUUACCUUUCUCCCUGACGUGGCCUCUGAGAAUCCCUCUCGAGGUCCCGUUUACGGCCCAGGAAGCGAUGGAUAGCGUCAUGGAUGGAUUGGGCGUCUUCUGGAGGUUUGCGAGGAGGGUGUACCAUUGGCCUUUGAAACCGCCGGAAGAGGAAGAUGAAGAUGAAGAGGAGGAUGACGAAGAGUAGCUUGGUGCUUACGGUUUGAGAGGGGAGUGCUGAUUGCGCAUUUUGGGGGCGGUGAUGUCUCUUGUUUUCUAACUGUUUCUGCUCCUAGGCUUGUGGGCCGUGUGCGCUUGGUGUUCGACUAUGUCCUGUACUGCUGAUUUUCUUUUACUUCGUAUACCUCUGCGACGUCGUUGAUAGACAAUAUGCUUUGUCUGGCCGUACUACAUACCACUCUAUAGUGCACAUAUACCUGUUUUAUGGUUAUGUAUACGCGUAUAAUUGUAAUGGAU